AUGAGUCUUGAAGAUGGUACAAGAGACACUGCCAUGGAGAGUGAACUUUCAGACUCAUCUCCACAGGAAACUCAGUUUGAGAACUCAAGUUCUUCUAUAUCUGAAGUAGAGAAUGUCACACAGAAAACUCCUAUGAAACUUAGAGACAUUGCUAAGAUUUAUGCAAGAUGUAACAUGAGUGUUAUUAAACCAGAGAAUUAUGAAGAAGCUUCAAAAGAUACUGCUUGGAAGAAAGCAAUGGAGGCUGAAAUGGAGAUAAUUAAGAAGAAUGAAACAUGGGAAUUGGUUAACAGACCAAUGGAAAAACCAGUAAUUGGUGUCAAAUGGGUUUAUAAAACCAAGUUGAACCUUGAUGGUUCAAUACAGAAGCAUAAAGCUAGGUUGCUCAAAAAGGAUGGAAGCUGUACCAAUUUGGAUGUCAAGUCUGCUUUUCUGAAUGGAGUUCUUAAGGAAGAAGUGUAUGUUGACCAGCCAGAUGGGUUUGUGAUUGAGCAUUCUGAAGACAAAGUGUAUAAACUAAAAAAAGCCCUGUACAGUCUAAAACAAGCGCCAAGGGCAUGGUAUGAGGAAAGUAACUCUUAUCUCAUUGAUUGUGGAUAUGUAAAAAGCUCUAGUCAAGCAACUCUCUAUUGCAAGACAAAGGAAAACUCUGGAACACUCAUUGUAUCGAUUUAUGUUGAUGAUAUAGUGUAUACACGAAGCAGUGAAGAAUUGAUUGCAUAUUUUAAGUCUGAGAUGAUGAGAAGUACUCCUCUGGUGGCAAGUGAGAAAUUAUGCAAAGCUGAUGGAAGUGAUCCUGCAUAUGAGAAUGAAUAUAGGUAG